AUGGAGGGGCGGGUUUCAUCUGUUGGAGGUGAUGAUAGUGAUGAUGAUCCUAUAAUGCCACCAUGUCCACCUCCGCCACCGCCACCGCCACCGCCACUGCCACCUUCAUCAUCUGUACAGGCCCACUGCUCCGAAACUUAUGUGAUCCAAAUACCUAAAAAUCAAAUUUAUCGCAUUCCACCUCCUGAAAAUGCCAUUAUCGCAGAACGUCACCGCACUCCAGAUAAAAGCAAUAAGAACAAAGUAUGUUGUUCGAGUUUGUGGAUAACUGGGGUCAUCUUGGUUGCUGCCGUAUUAAUUGGGCUAGCCCUAGUGGUCUUCUACUUCAUGUUUAGUCCUAAAGUUCCUAUAUUCUCCAUUGCGCACGUCCUAGCUAAGAAUAAUACACACUCUUCACCUCAUAAACAUUCCGGGCCAAGGUACGAAAUCUCCAUGGAUGUCAAGAAUCCGAAUCAAUUCAUGGCAAUUAAUUACAAGCAUGGGGGGGUUGCCGCAUUGUCUUUCAAGGGUAAAAAGAUUGCUAAGGGCGAGUUUCCAACAUGGUACCAAGGAGAGAACAGUGCUAAAAGGAUUAAACUUUUCUUACAAGGAGUAAAUGCAGCGGUGCCUUACGAGAUUGGGAAGACCAUGAAUGGCAAGAAACCGAAGGUAUUGGUCUCUUUAGCUCUAGAUGUGAAAGUUCCUGUGAAGGUGAAAUUUGGUGUGAUUAAGAAGUGGAGUAUGGACACGAACGUUGCAUGUAAACUUAAGGUGAGUACAUUGGGUGUGGGUUCGCGGAUAUUGUCGCAAGAAUGUCACACCGAAUUCAAGUUCUAG